AUGUCCCGUCGCGGCGGUUCAAUAUUCAAUGGAGCUCCUUCGCUAGAAGCCUCCAAUCAAGCCCAAAUUGAGGACCUCGUGCAGAGAAACCGCACCAUCGAGCAUACGAACAAACGACUUUCCGAACAACUCACUCGCGAAGUGUCCCGUUCAAAAGAGGCUCUGGAAACAAUGCGCCAGGAAUGGGUCAAUAAACGCCAAGAAUGGCACCAAGCAUCCACCGAUCUGCUUGCGCUAUGCCGCAUAGACCAGAAGCGUGUUGAGGUGGAAUUGGAGAGGGAGAGAUCGAACGCUCUGCAAGAAAUGAAGUUCACCCGAGAUGAGAAGUUGUUGAGGCUUCAGAGGGAUUUCAGAAUCAAGCUCUUUCAGAUCAGAGAAGAGGAAUUGGAGAGAAAGAUAGAAGAGAUGGAGGCGGAGAAACGAAGGAACAAAGGCAACAGUGACUUGAUUGUUCGGAAAUUGGAAGCGAAGUGCGCAGAGUUAUUAAUCCAGCUCAAGGAGGAAAAGGAAGAGUGGGCUGUAGCUGAGCGCGAGAGGGAUGAAAUUGAGAGAGUGCUCACUAAACUGCGUGAAACACAUGCUACCCUCCAAGGAUCAAGCGAGUCGAUGAAAUCAAAGCUCGAACGCGUGAAACUUCAAUUCGAGGGCUCUCAAACAAAAAAUACAGAGGUUCAACGUGCAAAUGACGACCUGAAACGAGCUAACGCCGAUCUCAUCCGCCAAUUAGAGAAAUGGCAAAAUCUCGAGACAAAGGAAGGUGAAGUGGCGGACUCUGAACGAAAGAAACGAUUGGCUCUGGAACUCGAAGUCAAAGGACUCAAAGAGGACCUGGCCAAGAAUGAUGAGGAGAAAGAGAAACUGGAAGCUGAUCUCUCGAAAGAGAAACGUCGCGUGGAAAGGAUGAAGAGUACUGUGCAGGAGUGGCAGGCGGAGGCCAAAUCUCAUGAAGAGAGUUCGGCGCAGUUGAAAAAACAGCUAUCAAAUGCCCAGAAACAACUCCACAAAUUGAAAAACGACCUCGAGGAGGAACGAGCCAUGGUUGCAUUACCCAAUGAAAUUGAAGAAGAUCAGCUUGAAGUGGAAGAGGUAACCGAACUAAUCGAAAACCCAUCCUCUCCUCCAAGUGAACCUGCCAAACCUGCUUCCAAACAAGGUCGGCGUCCGACAGCCGCCCCUCGCAGCAAACGGGGUGAGGUCCCUGGAAGUGAGACGGAAGCAGGCCCGUCGCGCGCCGCUGUGCGUCAAGAAAAAACGAAGAAAGCCACAGGCGCAGAAACCGAUGUAGAAGAAACCGCAAAAAGGAAGCCUCAGAAGGUCGCAGCGCAAGAUAGUGAUGUCGAAAUCAUUGAUGCGAAGAAAAAAGGCAAAGGCAAAGCGAAAGUGAUAGACCUUGAGGACGAAGAAACAGAGGCGGUACUCCCACCCAAAAACAAACGGAAACGUGCCACUCAUCAAAGCCAUGACGAGGAUGAUGUCAAGAUUGUUGGUGAGAAACGCGCGCCCCCAAAGAAAGGCAAGCCGGAGAGCAAGGGAAAGGGAGCAUCUGCCAAACCUCCUAGCAAGAAGAAAGCAGAGAGCCGGGCCACGAGCGUUCAACCUUCUGGGGUAGAUGAAGCUGAUGAGGGCGCGGAAGAACCUGCGCGGAAGAAAAAGCGAAAAAUCAACAUAUUUCCCGCCACGGCUGGGGUGUUCAAUUUCUCGAAUUCUAAGGGUGGUCUGGAUAUUCCAAGUGAACUGUCACCCGUCAAGGAUUCCGAGCCCGUCCCAGGCCGUAGUAUCACCACUAGCUUCAUGAGUUCAGUUAUAAGCCGCAAUUGGGGUGGAAAAACAUAG